AACACAAGGAUACACUCUCUCCUUCUGCGGAACUCUAUGGUCAGAGGGGACGCCUCUGUGACCCCGGAAGCGAUCCGGAGGAGCGGGAACGGCAAGAUGGCGGCGCGAGCGGUGUUUGGGGCCCUGGGCCGGCGUCUCUGGCAGGGUUCAAAGAAUUUUUCUGUAAGCAGUUCUAGGAGCAAUAUAGCCAAAAAUGAUGGCUUUCUUCUCACCAGUAUGAAGUGGGUACAGUUUUCAAACCUACAUGUUGAUGUUCCCAAGGAUUUGACCAAGCCUACGAUAACCAUUUCUGAUGAACCGGACACAUUAUAUAAGCGCCUGUCAGUUUUAGUAAAAGGCCAUGAUAAGGCUGUAUUGGACAGUUACGAAUAUUUUGCAGUGCUUGCUGCUAAAGAACUUGGUAUCUCUGUUAAAGUACAUGAACCUCCAAGGAAAAUAGAACGAUUUACUCUUCUCAAAUCAGUGCAUAUUUUCAAGAAGCACAGAGUUCAGUAUGAAAUGAGAACACUUUAUAGAUGUUUAGAGUUAGAACAUCUCACUGGAAGUACAGCAGAUGUCUACUUGGAAUAUAUUCAGCGAAACUUACCUGAAGGAGUUGCCAUGGAAGUUACAAAGACAAGAUUAGAACAGUUGCCAGAACACAUCAAGAAGCCAGUCUGGGAAACAACACCAGAGGAAAAAGGAGACAGCAAGUCAUAAAGUCCCACAGUGACCACUUGUGCCGGGGUAUGGAGUGAACGUGUCAAGCGGAGGGACCCUCCCAUGAGGACUACUUCAGGUCUGCCCGACUGCGCUCCUGAGGCCGCAUGGCCUGAUCAGUGGAACGCGGGGGUCAGAACCUUACAAUACGCUGGACUGUUGUGCAGGAACCACUUUAUCUGUUCUUUGUAAGCCUCAUGUAUUUCAGUUCUGAUUUUAACAAAUAUGAGCAAACCAUUUGGACCACUCUGUGCCAAAACAGUCAAAUUGACAUUUUGUUAUUCCACUAUUGUUUAGUUAUUAGUUUAUACUGAUUGUGAUUUCUGUCUUUUCAUUCAUCUAAAAAUGAGUGUUCCACAUACUCCUCACACACAUUUUUUUCUUUUGAGGGACCUAAAAGGAACCUUUGGUUAAUUAAACAUUGAGCAGUUCGAGUUUUUGAUACUUACCUUAGCGUAGGCUGGCAUAUGAUAGUUUGGAAUGAUGACCACCAAGUUUUGCCUCAUGUGAGCAUUACUUUCUUAAAAAUGGAUGUACUUUGCAGCAGAUCAAGCAUGUUUAUGGCUUAUGCUGAACCCCUCUGGUGCUGCCUAGAAGGGUCACUGUAAUGGAAUUUGAGCUCUUGAGAAAUCAUUGAUUAUUGGUUCAUUCAUCCCGUAAUUUGUUUAUUCAGUAAGCUUUUCUUUUGUUAGCUCAGUACUGUAGUAAAUACCAAAAAUUGAAUAGCAAUAAUGGCUUUCAAAAAUUGUGCAAGGCACAAAUAAAUACUUUUCCUUAUUAA